AGUUCAGAGCUCCCCAGCAGCAUGGGCCAGCUGCUGUUCCUGCUGCUCUGGGGACUGCACAAGGUUUGGGGAAGUUCUGAUGUGCUACAAAGAGCUUUUCCCUUUCACAUGCUCCAGAUCUCGUCCUUCCCUAACAGCAGCCAUGCACGCACAGACUUCUUGGCAUGGUUGGGGGAGCUGCAGACACACAGGUGGAGGAAUGAGUCGGACACCAUACAGUUCCUGAAGCCCUGGUCAAUGGGCACAUUCAGCCAGCAGCAGGUGAAGCAGCUGCAACAGGAGUUUUUGGUUUAUCGACUCAGUGUCUUCAAUGAUGUUCAGAAAAUUUCUAAACUGCUCAAUUUAACAUACCCUAUUGAGCUCCAGGUGUUUGCUGGCUGCGAGGUACACCCUGGCAAUGUCUCUGAAAGCUAUUUCCACGUUGCUUUUCAAGGAUCACUUAUCCUGAGUUUCCAAGGAACUUCUUAUAAGGCAGCUCCAGAUGUUUCUCCAAAGGUAGAUGUGGUUGUCCAAGAGCUCAACAAGGACCCAGGCACGAGUGCAGUGAUGCAAGUGUUAAUGAAUUACACCUUCCCGCAGUUUGUCCGUGGCAUAAUUGAGGCAGGGAAAUCAGACCUGGAGAAGCAAGUGAAGCCUGAGGCCUGGCUGUCCAGCGGCCCCAGCCCUGGGCCUGGCCGUCUGCUGCUAGUGUGCCGUGUGUCUGGCUUCUACCCGAAGCCCGUGUGGGUGAAGUGGAUGCGAGGUGAGCAGGAGCAGUCUGCACAGCAGGGUGACAUCCUUCCCAAUGCUGAUGAGACGUGGCAUCUCCGAGUGACCGUGGAUGUGGAGAGCAGAGAGGCAGCCGGCCUGUCUUGUCGGGUGAAGCACAGCAGUCUAGGAGACCAGGACAUCAUCCUGUACUGGGACCGAAGCCGCAUAUUCUGGAUCUGGAUCUGGACACUGGUGGUACUGGGCUGUCUGCUCAUUGUGGGAUUGGUAUGUUUUAGGAGACCCAUAUGGAUGUGGCUUAAGAGGCACUGCUCCUAUGAAGACAUCCCAUGACACUGCUUGCCACACCUGCUCUCUGGAAUUCAGGACCUCAGCUCUCCAGGAUGUCAUUCCUGAGCUGUUUGGAAAUAGAGAGUGAGAAGAGAGGUCCCUCAAAGAAGAGGAGAAGAUCACAAGGCAGCUGUGGUCACAUCCUCUCAGGAGUUGCCUAAGAUAACUUCAGUGUUCAUUAUACUACAACUGGAUUCUGUGAUGAAGAGUGCAAACUCUGAUGUGCUGCAGGGUAGCGGAAUGGGACCGGGGUGUCAGUGUGUGUGUCUAUAUUGACUAUCUCUCAGAACUGUUGUGGAGAUUGAAUGUAUAACCCUGAAUAAACCUGUGAGACCCCACAUUGUUUUUGGUGUCACACUGCCCUCAAAUGACAUGUUUUGUUUUGCUUGCUAAAGCAGGGUCAUUUGUGAAGCAACCCCAUGACUUUCUGCUUUCUUAGGCCAUGUGUGUGUUUAAGCUUCUUCUGAUGCCCUUUAGGAAUUUCUGCAACUUGGAACUGCAGCAGUUCUGAUGCUUGUAUGAACAACCUGGUUUUGGAAAUGAAGAGUUCUCUC